AUGGAGAACAAAGCCAAGUUGAUAAAGGGAGGAACAAACGCCAGAGAAGGAGUUUACCCUACAAGGUUAAAGAAGCAUGCCCCAGCUUCUCUUGAGAUUGAUAAAGUCCUCAGUGGCAGACCCGAUAACCCUUUUGCUCCCUCUGUUGAGGCUUCAAAUGCAAUUCCAUUAUUAUCACCACUUUUCUUGUCCCCACAAACAUUGUAUUCAGAGACUACUAUACAUGCUCGAACAUCAGAGAAUAGUGGCAAUAAUGGUAGCAUUAGCAAUGAGGGUAGGAGUUCAUCCUCCACACCAAUCAACAACGGUUGGAAACAUCCAGCUAUGGCUCCAUGUCCAGAGCCUUCAUCUUUGUGUAGUAUCUUACAAAAACAAUGCGUUCUUGUGAACAAUACCCAAUGA